AUGGCAAGGAGACCGGACGAGGAGUACGAUUACCUCUUCAAGGUCGUCUUAAUCGGCGACUCCGGCGUCGGCAAGUCCAAUUUGCUCUCCAGAUUUACUCGAAACGAGUUCUGCUUGGAGUCCAAAUCCACCAUCGGCGUUGAAUUCGCCACCCGUACUCUUCAGGUCGAGGGUCGAACUAUAAAAGCUCAAAUAUGGGACACUGCAGGUCAAGAGAGAUACAGGGCCAUAACAAGCGCAUAUUACCGUGGUGCCCUUGGAGCCCUUCUCGUGUAUGAUGUAACAAAGCCGACGACUUUUGAGAAUGUGAACCGCUGGCUGAAAGAACUUAGGGACCAUGCCGACUCCAACAUUGUUAUCAUGCUCAUAGGAAACAAAACUGACCUCAAACACCUCAGGGCCGUGGCCACAGAGGACGCUCAGGGUUUUGCCGAGAGGGAAGAGCUUUCAUUUAUCGAGACAUCUGCUCUGGAGGCCACUAAUGUGGAAAAAGCUUUUCAGAACAUUCUUGCCGAGAUUUACAGGAUUAUUAGUAAGAAAUCGCUCGCAUCCAACGAGACUGCUCAGACUAACAUUAAAGAAGGACAAACUCUUGUUGUGGGCCCAGAUAACAGUGGGAAGAAGGCAUGCUGCUCGACAUAA